CCAAUAUUGAAGUCGUUCGAGAUGUACCCCUUCUCGUUGUCCCUUCUCUACCUACAUUUGUGCCAUUCAUGCAUUCAAGUAGCGAGUAAAGUCUAGUAUAUUCAUUUUAAUCUAUUAUUUCGAUAAAUGAUUAGAUUUGAUUUUAAUUUCUAUCUAACGAUCUUAGGAAACUGUAAAACGUAAAUGCUGGCAAUUCUGUAGUUUUCUGUCAUAAUUUGACCUAGUUUCAAUUUUAUUUGCGCAGAAAUUUUGUAGAUGGCAACAGUGAGAUAUUCCUUGUCCCUAAAUGCGAAUGUGUGACACCACCAGUGACAGCUCUAUUAUUGGUAAACGUAACGAAAGAGAUUCCUCAUUCGUGAAAUAUUUGUUCGAUUUGGAAACGGCCAUUAUAUUCAGUUGGUGAUUACUUCUUUAAAUAUAGUUGUUUUUCUUAGGAAUAUCAAAUUCAUGGUGAGAAUUUCAUGACAAUCUGAAAAAUGUCGUCUCCAAGUGCUGGAAAAAGACGUAUGGACACUGAUGUUAUUAAACUCAUUGAGAGUAAACAUGAGGUAACCAUUCUUGGUGGGCUCAAUGAAUUCUGUGUCAAAUUUUAUGGGCCUAGAGGAACACCUUAUGAAGGAGGAGUUUGGAAAGUGAGAGUUCACUUACCAGAACAUUACCCCUUCAAAUCUCCAAGUAUUGGUUUUAUGAAUCGUGUUUAUCACCCAAACAUAGAUGAAGUAUCGGGUACAGUGUGCCUAGAUGUUAUAAAUCAAGCUUGGACAGCUUUAUAUGAUUUAUCAAAUAUAUUUGAAUCGUUUCUUCCACAAUUAUUAACCUACCCCAACCCCAUCGACCCUCUCAAUGGAGAUGCGGCUGCUAUGUAUUUACAUAAACCUGAAGAAUACAAAAGAAAAGUAUCAGAAUAUGUGAGAAAGUACGCGACAGAAGAGGCACUUCGGGGUCAAGAAAACGUCAGCUCGGAUAGCGAAUCUAGUAUGUCAGACUUUUCUGAAAAUGAAGCUGAAGAUAUGGAGUUAUAACGCAGGCUAUCAUCAAAAUUUACCAUCUCGCUCAAUACGACUUCCCUAUGUGUAGGUGACAUUAACGAUUCAAAUUUAAAUGUGAUGUGCUUAAAAAGUUAUUUAUAUAAUCUUGAUUGUUUUGCCUUUUCAUAGUUUAUUUUGUUGGUCAAUCUGUCCCAGGGUUCAUUAACGCUCUGAUGUACACUUCCUUACUUCAGUCUCCUUUAACACUGAAUUUUCAAAAAAAUCCUGUCCACACUGUUUUUUUUAACCAUUUUUUUAAUUAUGGUAAAAGGCGCCAUUUUGAACAUUAGUUUUAGUUUUCUUUAUAUUUUAUUUCCAGACAUAUUAUUAAAUUUGUUAGUUUUUAUUUUUUAUAUAUAAAAAAUUGCGGACAGAAUUUUUUUGAAAGCAUUAAUAAAGAGAUUGCAUGUAUCACAAGACCCAGUGUUGUAUAUACGGAGCUAAAAAAAUACAAAAGCUUCAAGAGUGCCAUUUAAAAAGUAUAUUUCACUUUGUAAUCAAAAACCGAAUUAUUUGCUAAAGAAUCACCGUUUCAUUUUAAAUUUGUGAAUUAACAAUAAUUGAAAAGCAACUGUGCAUUGAAUUAUUUUUUUUUUAUUAAGAUAUUUAUUAGAAAAAAAAACCUCGUCCGAACCUUAUAGCAAAAAGCUACAGUCACAAAAAAGGUGCAUUUCAAUAGACUACAAGAUGUCGAAAGCAGUCAUCUUCAAAGUACUUUGCACUUUAUGCGAUUCACCUAUUCAUAUGCGUUUUAUAAACCUUCUGUUGUUUUUUAUUUCGUUUUCAUUUGGGGAAAUAAAAAAAUAGUCUCGCUGUGCGAGAUCAGGUGAAUAGGAACUCGCCUGCGCAAGGACAUAUUUAUGUAUUUUUUUGUUCAAUCCUGAUAAACAUCUUACAAUAAAAUUCGAUGACAUGAACUACACAAGUUCGUCAUAAAUCUGACGCUGAUUUUCCGUUUAAUACAUUUUAUUCGGGGAUCGUAUUCUCGGGUUGCCCGAUCAGCUUUAUUAUAUAAACAUUGAGCGUGGUUUUACUGAAAUCAAUAGGUCCUACCGCCAUGUGUCUAUGCAAUAUCCAUUUAGAAACCUGAAUUAUUACCCUAUAGUUGUUUGUUUAAAGCUCAGAACUCAUGUCAAUCGGAACGAGGUUUUUUUUUGGGGAUUAUUAACAAUUACAUUUUUACAUUUACAUAUUUAUUUAGUAUUUUCUAUUAAAAAUAAGAAUUAUAUGUAGUUUAGUUGAACAUUUUACUUAUUUAAAUAAUCAUAUAAGUAUUUUUAUUGAAAUAUUCUAAGUAAACGCUGUGAUAUAAUUACUAAUUUCAUUUUUUGAAAACGAAGAAAUUCUAAAGCAAUGAUGGAUCUAAGUGAGGCAAUUUUGAGUGAAUUGAACAUUACAAACACGAUUAUUUAUGUACAUCAUAGUAAUGUAGUUAAGAGCACAUCGUAAAAAUUGUGGCAGUGUCCAUGAAAAGAAUCAAAUAUCAGUCUUCAUAAAUAAUUUUAAUGUAUUAUUAAUGUUGGG